AAGGCGGCGACGGCGAUGCCGGCGUGGGGGGGCGGGGUUGCGGGGCCGCCAUCGCGUGUCGGGUGGCAACGGGCGGGGAGCAUCCUGACACAGCUCCCGAGACGGCUCCGCGGGAGCGGAGAUUGUGGUUUGGAGUCGUGGAGAAUUCACAGUCUUUCCACAAUGGCAGAAAGGACAGAUUGUACAAAAUCACAAAUUUCACUGGCUGAAUACAGCCCCGUCAAUAAAUCAGAAAGGACAGAUGAAAGUGGAACACAGAAUGGAGACGAAAAUACAUUUCAACUGAAGAAAGAAAUAUCUUUAAUAAAUGGGAUAAGCCUUAUAGUAGGCAACAUGAUUGGUUCAGGUAUCUUUGUCUCGCCCAAAGGAGUUCUCAUCUACAGCAAAUCUUACGGAUUGUCUUUAAUAAUUUGGGCAGUUGGAGGGAUAUUUUCAGUCUUUGGAGCUCUCUGCUAUGCUGAACUUGGAACCACUAUUACAAAGUCAGGAGCCAGCUAUGCAUAUAUCUUGGAGUCUUUUGGGAGCUUCAUUGCUUUUAUUCGUUUGUGGACCUCACUGCUGAUUGUUGAACCAACUAGUCAGGCAAUCAUUGCCAUCACCUUUGCUAACUACAUAGUUCAGCCUUUCUUCCCUUCUUGUGACCCUCCGUAUGUGGCUUGUCGUCUCAUAGCAGCUGCUUGUGAAUGUCUUUUGACAUUUAUAAAUUGUGCCUAUGUUAAGUGGGGCACACGUGUGCAGGAUGUAUUUACUUAUGCUAAAGUUGCUGCUCUUAUUGCCAUCAUCAUCACUGGACUUGUUCAAAUCUGCCAGGGACACACAUGGCAUUUUAAGAACUCUUUUGAGGGAUCCUCUACUGAUAUUGGAGAAAUCUCCCUUGCAUUAUAUUCUGCCUUGUUUUCUUACUCUGGUUGGGAUACACUCAAUUAUGUAACAGAAGAAAUCAAAAACCCAGAAAGGAAUUUGCCUCUGGCUAUUGCAGUGUCUAUGCCAAUUGUGACUAUUAUCUAUAUUAUGACCAAUAUAGCUUACUAUACCGUGCUGGAUGCUCACUCUGUCCUCUCUAGUGAUGCUGUGGCAGUGACUUUCUCAGAAGAAUCCUGAGAUGAUAUCCAUCCCCAUAGUGGUGGCUUUCUCCUGUUAUGGUGGACUAAAUGUUUCUGCUUAUAGCUGCCUCCAGAUGUUUUCAUGUUUCCUUUUCUUUUCCCUUUCAUCAGACAUUUGCUGACAAGGUAUUUGGUAUGUUCAGCUGGACAAUUCCCAUUGCUGUAGCCUUUUCUUGCUUUGGUGGACUUAAUGCUUCAAUUCU